CUCGAUAAUUGUUGAUGCAUUCGACAUCUAUUGGAACAAGAAUAAGAAAUAAUCGAAAAUCUAUGUCUAAUUUUACCAUUAAUAAACUAUUGCUCCCGACAAAGUUAAAAAAUCCUGAAUAAAAUUGUUAUACAAACAAUCAAUAAAAUUCUGAUUAGUUCAUCUAAGAAAAUAUGUUUUUCAUUCCAAAGUAAACAUUGACAAGAAUCAAAUAUUCAGAUUAAAAGAGUAUAAAUUAUAUAACUUAUCACUAGUUUUAACUACUUCUGCAACAAAUAAAUCACUUCAAUCUUAACUAAGUAAUAAAUAUUUUCAAGAAAGUCUUUAAUUUCGUAAAUAAAGUUCUCGAAAAUAAAUAGUAAUUAAAGAAUUAGUAUCUCCAUCUAAAGCAUAUAUAGAAAAGAGAAAAGACACUGUUCUAAACACAGAACCAAGUUAAGAAAUUUAAUAGUAACAAUUAAUGCCUUUAUUGAAAUCAUCAAUAAUUAAUGAUGACUAAUAUAAAUUUACAUUCUAUAGUCCAAAAUCUCAAGAUCAUAAAUUAAGAUUACCUAAAGAAUUUUAGAUAAUGCCUUGUAGUAAAAAGAGAUACUUCAUUUGA